ACAGCUACCGCGUGUAACAGGACCCUAGAGAGCCAACAUGGCUGCGCCCGGAGAGUUUGAGCAGUGGUUAAACAGUCGCCUUGACUCGCUUGAAGUGGACAGAGAUGUGUACGGAUCCUACAUCCUCGGGGUGCUACAGGAGGAGGACAGUGAAGACGAGAAGAUGGACGCCAUCCAAGGCAUUCUGUCGGCGUUUCUGGAAGAAGAUGCGUUGGAAGAUGUCUGCAAAGAAAUUCUUAAACAGUGGUUGGAGAGCAGUGCUGGGUCCAAAGCCAAGAAUGAUCAUGUAGAUGCGGAGGUGCAGGCAAUUGCUAGCCUUAUUGAGAAGCAGGCCCAGAUUGUGGUGAAGCAAAAAGAGGUGUCCGAGGAGGAAAAGAAGAGGAAGGCAGCACUCCUCGCCCAGUAUGCGAACAUCACAGAUGAUGAGGCUGAAGACGCAGGACCAGAGGAGAGCGGAGCAGCAGUCUGUACAUUUGACACCAGCAAGUCUCUGUUUAAAAACACAAACCUAGAAGAUGUGAUAAAUGCCAAGAAAGUGGACAGGGAAAAGGCUCGAGAGGACUCGCACAAGAAGAAAGAACAGGACAAGAUGCAGAGGGAAAAGGACAAACUACUCAAACAGGAGAGGAAAGACAAAGAAAAGAAACGGACUCAGAAAGGAGAGCGCAAGCGAUAAAAGGGGGUUUCUGAACUUGGUUUAAAAUUUUCAAAGUAACAUGCUUUGUGGAUAAUGGAUUUAGAUAUUUGCUGAACAAUCUGUGUCCACUAAGAAACAUUCUGAACUUGCACACUAACCUAUAUAAAAUUGGAGGUCCAGGUGGCCACCAGCAUUGUUUGGUUCGGCUCAUAUUUUUUCUUAUGUUUUAAUCCUUUGCAAAAAUGUUAUGUAUUUUGCAGAUCUCAGAGAAGUUGACAUCAUGGGUCAACAUAUAAGUUACUUUUAUUAUAAAGUGCCCAUGUUAACCACUAACCACAAAGGGUGGAGGGAGGCAUGCAAGUCAAGACUAUUAGAAUCUUAACAAGAUAUGUUCAGAUCAACAAUAAAUAAGAAUACAAGUUAAAGGGGUUUAGGCAAGAUAAAGUUAACCCACCCAGAUGUUCUGAGGAAAAAAAAAUAGAGCAAAUUAUCAAAUUCAUGCAUCCAUCAAUUGAAAUGUAAACUACAGGCCAUGUAUCUGUAUUUUACCACAAAUUGGGUUUGCACCUCCAAUAAAAUACUUAUUUGAUUGUU